ACUAAGCCAUCUCUAGUGUUUUAUUUUCCGAUGUGGAUUUUAAUUCAAUGCGGAAUUUAGGGUUCAAAACCGUCUCGUUUACAUGAAACCGUUGUAUACAUUGUAGUUUGGACGGUGUUGAUCACAUAAUUCACAAUUGUAGUCCUUAAUUUGUAAUUUUGCAUCCACGACUACACCUUUGUGUAGGAAUGGCAAUGGGGCCAGUCUGGGGCGGGUAUCUCGAUACCCAUACCCGCCCCGUGGCAGGUCAGGACCGGGUCAGGUAAUUCGUCAUGGGGCACGUGUCGGGGGCAGGUCGACCCAAUGGGUAUAUAAUUUAUGCGAAAAACAUUAAAAUUAUUCGUUAUUUUAAUUAAAAUUCAAAGAAAGAAACCAUAAUUUGAUAAAAUGUAGUUAAAUUAUUGGAGAAGUUGAGUUUUUCACUUAUUUACAACUUUAUUAUACCUAAAUUAUGAUGUAAUAAGUGGAAAAUCCUAAGUAAUUUGACUAAAAUUACAUGUAAUUUAGGCAAGAACAGGUAAAAAAAUGGGGCGGGUCAGGACAGGUCGGGUAAAUUGGGUCAGGUCGAAAUUGUCAUCCCUACCUUUUGUGUCCUUGAUGUAUGUUGCCACAACUUCAUUUUUAGUUACCAUCACAACGUCCUUAUCCUUAAUGGUUAUCACCACGCUAUCUUUGACUCUGACUUGAACACAGUCUUAUUGCUAAUGAAGAAGAUAAAUGAUAAUAGGUGGAAAAAAACCAAAAUAUUAAGUAGUUUGUGUUGAUUUGGUAGUGACGCGACGCGUUGUCUGUUAGUCAGUGUAUUUGACCGUCAGAGAUAAUGGUCAAAUCUCGAGUUUGGCCGAUUUCGUUACUUUAAUGCAUAGUCGAGGCCACGAAGUUAUAGAUCGAAAAGAUUAGACUGUGUGUUUAAUAUGUAAAAAGUUUGGACCAUACAAAUAUAUUAACUUUUUUUUAAAAGGCUUCAAUAGGAAAAUCCCAAAGUUCGGGGGAGCAAAAUAACAAAAUCCCCUACUUUCUUAAUUGCCCAGUGGGACGAGCCUACGGGGACAGAGGGCCCAAUAAGUAGAAAACACUGUUCUUAUCUACGAGGCCCAAUAUUGAAAGCCCAUGCUUUCCUCCACUAACGCCCACUGGUGGUUUAUACUACAGAGCCCAAACGGUGGCGUACCAGGAACAGUUUGGACUUGGGGCACCAAAACGACACCUUGACUCGUCGUAUCAGUGUUCUGCUUCCUAGGGUUUACAAUUGCCAUCACCGUCCCCGUAUAUAAAAGCUCGGAAACUCCGGUUGCAUUGUUUUACUCUCAGCGAGGGCAGAAUCAGCUCCAGAAGAAGAGGAGCUCAUCUUGACGAAACAAAAUGCCGAAGCAGAUCCAUGAGAUCAAGGACUUCCUUCUCACUGCAAGAAGGAAGGAUGCACGCUCUGUCAAGAUCAAGAGGAGCAAAGAUGUAGUCAAGUUCAAGGUCCGCUGCUCAAAGUACCUCUACACCCUAUGUGUGUUUGACAACGAGAAGGCCGAUAAGCUGAAGCAAUCUCUUCCCCCAGGUUUGAGCGUGCAAGACCUUUGAAGAGAUGGAUUUGUUGCAGUUUUUUUAGAGAGGUUUUGAUACUUUUUGUUGCUCUACGGAAUGACAUUGUGGUUCUCAUGGUUUUGUUCGAUCGCUCUUUUGGAGUUGAACUUGAAAGUGCAGAGCUAUGUACCGUUUAUGUUGCGUGGACUUAGUGCUAGUCAUGCAGGUUGCAGUACUGCCGCAGUCGUUAGAACUUGAAAGUAAUCUAUUCUCCUAUUUAUUUUCGACGGGAUGAAUGUUGAUUCUCUACUGCCGAGAAAGCGUUUGUUAAUCAGAAGGAAAAUACUUGUUUUCGGGGCUUUAAGGUUUCUCAAUUCACAGCAGCUGCUGCUGCUUAAGGACGUUCUUGACCUGUAACAGCCAGCAACUGACUUUUCACGAGAGCGGUGUAUGUAUGUGGCCAUUAGGGCUGGCAUUUCGGUUAGUUCGGUUAUAACUGAUAACCGAAAUGCCGGCUACUGGUUAACCGAGACAUGCGGCGUGGCUACCGAUAACUGCCCGAAGGAACACGUUGGUUAGCCGGCAACUGACCGGUCGGUUACCGGUUAGUUGCUCGACUCGAAUGCAUUUCGGCCGAAACUCGAAUGCAAAACUCGAAUGAUAUAACCCCCCACAAAAACGAUUACGCAAAACUCGAAUGCAUUUCGGCCGAAAGACUUUCAUACGAUAGCAAAAGGAAGAAGGCGAGCAGCCGAGCACAAAGCAAGAAGGCGAGAAGAGAGGUCUUCAGCAGAAGCAACACAAAGCAAGAAGGCGGCAAGUAGUGGAGUGCAGGUCUAAUUACAAACACGUACAUUUCAAUGGCGGGGUGCAGCGAGCAGAGGAUGGCGCGACGCCGGCGGAGCAGAGGAGUGGCGCGGCGCCGGCGGGUUGCGGCCGGGCGGCAGUCAGCAGAGGCAGUCGGCAGAGGGUCGAUUGCUGAGGAGGGCGAGGCCGUUUGCACUUUGCAGAGGAGGCAGGAGCUGAGCUGCCUUCGUCUUCGAUUAGGGUUAGUCGGGUGGAAGUGGAUUGUUUGAGUCAGCGGCGUCGUCUUUGUUUUGCCGGUUAGCUGGCCGGUUAGCCGGUUAACCGGCGGUUACCACCGUCGGUUAGCCGGUUAACCGGCAAAGUAAAACCCGCUACCGUCAACCGCCCGACACUGACUUUUUCGGUUAGUCGGUUAACCGGUAACCGGCGGUUAUCGGUUUAACCGGCCGGUUAACUGCUAACCGCUAACCGAAUGGCCAGCCCUGGUGGCCAUUGUUACUUUGCUAGCAAAUACCGACAUUACAAUUUCCAGCCGAGCCCAUUACUGGGGAAAAAAUCCAAAAAUACCACUGUUUAAAAAACAAAUUCCAAAAAUACCACCCAACCCCAAAAAUUUCCAAAAUACCACCCUUUUUCAAAAACCGCCACCCCACCCUGCGGUUUACACGAAAACCGUUUGUCGGAGGCGCGGUUUUCUAUGCAAACCGCGGGCCUAGGGAGCGGUUAUAAAAAAAAAAAAAUUUGACCAAACCGCUGGGUGGGGUGGCGGUUUGACCCAAAACCGCCACUCAAACCGCCACCCCACCCAGCGGUUUGGUCCAAAUGUUUUUUUUUUCCCGAUCAACUCCUAACUUCGGCCGAAACUUCAAACGAACGUAACUUUUCACUCGGGUAUCCGAUCGUAGCGAUUUUUUUUUUAUUUCGCAUAACUUUUCAAGAUCUACAACUUUUACUAGGAUGAAAUUUUCAAAACAGGAACUAUUUGUGGAUAUACGGGACCUUGGGAAUAACUUUACCUUUACUUU